UCGGCUGUAUCUAGUAGCAUACGCUGGGAAUUUUAUCCGGCCGUGACCUUAGGGCACGAUUUGCAUUACUGGCCCUGGUAUUAUUUGUGUUGCUGGUGAGGGCCUAGUGCCUGGUGUGUCGGUUGGCAUCUGCCCCCCUCCCCUUGUCAUCAUGCCUCCAAAAAAAGGGGUAGGCAACAGCAAAGGCAAGCAGCCUGCUAAGCGCCCCAAAGUCAGUGGGCCUCCCCCUGAUUCGUCCUCUGAUGAGGAGGAUUCAGGGUCGCUCCGGCAGGAAAUUUUGGCCAAGUUGGCCUUAUUGGAACGGGCAAAGGGGGUUUCUUCUGGUCAGGUAGUUCCCGGCAGGGCUGGUAGGGCUUCUAAGAAGGUUUCCCGGGCCACUUUUCAGCGCGAUGUCCUCACGCGUCUUUCUGUUCUGGAAAGUUAUACAGGUGGUGAGAUGAGCGGUGCGGGCGUGCUUCAGGAAGAUCUGGACCGAGCUGGGCCUUCGGCACGGGCAGAGGAUGACACAGCCGAGGUGUCGGAGGUUCCUCCAGUAGCGGUGGCAGUGGAUCAAGUGGAGCCCGAGGGUGCUGUGGUUCGCCGUGGGAGGUGUCGGAUCCUCAUCUGCGGGCACAGCAUGGUCUUCUGGGCCGCCCAUCAGGCCAAGAGGACCCACCUCGGAUCCCAGCUUGGCCUCAGCCGUUGGGCCCAGAUCGAGUGGCAGGGCCGUCGGGGCCUGCGUUGGCCGGGCCUGUUGCCUCUCCUGUUUGAGGGAAGGUCUGCCCCUCCGCCUCAUUUUUUAGUUAUACAUUUAGGGGGUAAUGACUUAGGUUGGGUCAAGGGGAAGGCUCUUACGCUGCAAGCGCAAGCUGACCUUCGGUUUAUUUUGAGCCGGUGGCCGGGCGUUCUUAUUAUCUAUUCGGCCAUCCUCCCCCGGCGUGUAUGGAAGGAGGCUUUGGAUCAUGAUGCUGUCGAACGGACUAGGCGUAAGGCCAAUAAGGCCAUGUUUAAGGCUUUGGGUGAGGGCCUGGGGGUUUAUUUACCCCAUCCUCAAAUUAGGGACACGUAUGCCGACCUCUUUAGGGGGGAUGGUGUUCACCUGUCCUUUAAAGAAUCUCUGGAUGGCAUAUAUGAUUCUCCCUUGUUUUAUCCUCACAACAAUCCCGAGAGGCAAGUCACGCUGAAAGAGUGCGACUGUUCCAAGGUCAUCUCCUGA